AUGUCUGAAAACUAUUUACAGAAGCCAGAAGAAUUUAAGAAUUCUGGUCAAAAAAUACAGUACGAGCACAACGAUAAGAGAAUAAAUAAGGCCAGAGACAUGUUCUACAGUGCAUUCAAACAGUGUGAUUGCAGUGUGGUUGAUGAACAGUGCAGAUUAAAGGCACUUGAAUUAGCAGAAGCAAUAUUCAAGUUCAACCCAGAGCAGUUUCCAAAAAUAGUGCGAAUGAAAGCAAAAAGUCUCAAAGAGAACAAGGAGAUCUGUUGGAUGAUCUACAACGACGAGUUGUGCAGUACGGCAUUCAUUAGGAUGUCACAAGACGAGACGAAGUCGAGUGAACAACGAGAUUGCGAUCGUAAAAUUAUGGAAGAAAGUCUCAAGGCGUCAACCAAAGCAGAUAUCCAGGCUGAAACCACGAUGUUCAAAUGUAGCAAAUGUAAGAAGAACAAGUGCAGAUAUUAUCAAAUGCAGACUAGAUCGUGUGACGAACCAAUGACUACGUUUGUAAGAUGCACAGAAUGCGGACAUAACUGGAAAUUCUAG